UGUUGUAAUUGAAUAACCUAAGAGAGAGAGAGAGAGGACGAUAGAUUCACAGUUCAUAGCAGAGAGAGAUUCGUAGAUCGAUCGAAGAUGAACACUGACAUCACAGCCUUGGAAAAGCCCCAAUACCCAGUCGUAGAUCGGAACCCUCCGUUCACGAAAGUCGUCGGAAACUUCAGCGUACUCGAUUACCUCCGUUUCUCCACCAUCACCGGCGUUUCCGUAACCGUCGGCUACCUAUCAGGGAUAAAACCAGGGAUCAAGGGACCGUCGAUGGUGACGGGAGGAUUGAUCGGAGUCAUGGGUGGUUUCAUGUACGCUUACCAGAACUCCGCGGGUCGGCUCAUGGGAUUUUUCCCUAACGAAGGAGAGGUCGCUGCUCACCAGAAGCAGAAGCGUGGUGCUGCUGGUUCCUUCAAUUGAAUCUUCUAGGGUUUUUCCUGGGUCCUUCGAAAAAAUAAAAACUAUAUCUUUUCCUGUAAUUGGAUUGAUUUUCGUUUCUGUUUGAGGAUACAUUUGCCUCUGUUUGUUUGUUAUGAUGACUUACGGUUAAUAAUAAAAAAAAACUGAGCUUUCUCGGAAA